AUGUUAAAUUCAACAACUCUGGAUUAUGUGAUUACCACAGAUCUAACAGUCGAAGACAUUAAUAUCUAUCUUAGAUCUAUCACAAUUAGUCCUAACUCAAGAAUAUAUCUAAUAUCUUCUUUAACAUCAGAAAUGGUGGCAUGUUCAAGCGAAAACGAGAUCCUCUAUAUAUUUAAUCGUGAUUAUCCUCACAAGCUUGAACGGAAAACUCUGAGUGAAAGCAAUAUUACAGAUGUCGCUUUGGUUGGUAAACAACUCUUCAAUAAGUAUGGCUCCAAUCUCAAGGGUGUGAAAAACACAGAGGUCAACAAGUAUACUGUACGUGACAAUACAUAUCUAGUAUUGAUGAACGAAGUGGAGGAUACCCACAAUUUGAAUUGGAAGAUAGUAAUCAUGAUGUCAGUGGAUGAUUUCAUGGAUCCUGUAACAAAAUUUAGAAAUAUUACUCUCAUAGUGGAUGGUAUUGUCCUUGUGUUAUCAUUAUUUGUAGCUGUAUUAGUAAGCAUUACUAUAACAACUCCUCUCCAUAGGCUUGGCUAUGACAUGCAAGAGAUUGCUCAAUUAAACGAAACAGAGCCAAGGAAAAAGCAACCAAUCGUUUUUCAUGAAGUUAAAAAGUUGCAGCACCAUUUUGAGAAAAUGGCUCAUGCUGUUCAAGCAUUUAUGAAAUAUGUGCCAAAAGAAAUUGUGAAAGGAUUUGUCGUUGAAGAGAAUCAGGCAUAUUUCGAGCUUGGAGUCUCUCAGAAACACAUUGGUAUCCUAUUUUCUGAUAUUAAGAAUUUCACAACUAUAUGUGAAAGCUCUGACCCACGAUCCUUAAUUUCCAUGCUUGGAAAAUAUUUCGAAAUCACAUCAGGCGUGGUAUAUUCAAAUAUGGGCGUAUUGGAUAAAUACAUUGGAGAUUCUCUUAUGGCAUUGUUUGGUGCUCCAAACACUUUCGAAAAUUAUGUUUUUCAUUGCUGUAAUGCUGCGUAUGAAAUGCAAGGAGCGUUAACACCCUUCAAUGAUCAGUUGGAGAAGGAAGGAAAGCCAACCUUGUAUACUCGUGUUGGUUGCUCAUGUGGAAAUGUAUUGAUUGGAAACAUUGGUAGCUCAUACAGAUACUCCUACACAUGUUUAGGUGACCAUGUAAAUCUUGCUUCGAGAUUAGAAGGUCUGAACAAGCAAUAUGGUACCAACAUUAUGGUCUCUGAGGCAUGCUAUGAAAUUGUAAAAACAAAUUUCUUAUUUAGAAUUCUGGACGUUGUGGCCGUUAAGGGAAAAACAAAAGGAGUUAAGGUGUUUGAAAUUGUCGCCAGAACAUGUUUUCCAGGGUCGUCUCGAAAAGAAUCUCUUGAUCCCAAAAAAGUUGAAUACUGUGAAAUGUAUAAUACAAUCAUUGAAGAAUACUAUCUUAAGAAACAAUUCGCUGUUGCAGAGCGAGAACUCUCUCGAUUCCUGGAGAAAUUCCCUGAGGAUUAUGCUGCAAUGAUCAUGCUUGAGAGAUGUCAGUCAUAUUUAAAGUAUCCUCCUCCAGAAUCGUGGAAUGGAGUACAUGUGGCCACCGAAAAGUGA